AUGGUGUCCAACGCAACAAAUGCCACCAUCCAUUCAUCCAUCGCAGAGGAGAAGAUCCUCGACGCUUUAGACUGUUACUACGAGUGUCUUGAAAGAAAUCUAACCUACGACGAGGCCAACGAGCGCUGCUCCGUGUACGGCAAUCCGUUCAGCGGUGCUGACGUUAACGCGGUGUGCAUGGGCCUCUUGGGGUCGCUCGUUGUUCUGUCCAACUGCAUCGUACUGUGGGGAAUACUAGGAACGAAACAACUACGAAAAGCCAUGUACUACUACAUAGCUAACCUUGCUGUUGCCGAUCUUGUGGGAGGCGUCGUCUGUCUGUAUGUAGCGUUCAGGCCGGACGCUCCAAGUCUUUGGGAGAGACUAAGUCUUAGAACGUUCAUAGCCCUCGCGAUGGUCCUGUCCACAAGCGCACUGACUCUACUGUCCAUAGACCGCUACGUCUCCAUCAUACACCCUGUCGUGUACCAUAACAAGGUGAGCGGACGCCAGGCGUGUGUAGUCAUCCUGACGUCUUGGGUUGUGAUACUUCUUGUGACUUUCUCGUCGCUCAUGGGCUGGAACUGUUUAGAGAAAGACUAUGCCUUCAGUGGUAGGUGUGCCAGCUAUCUGACGCUGGGUAAUAUGAUUUUUAUCGUCACUAUAUUACUCUUGCUCGUGUGCGUUACGCUGUGGGCGAACAUCCACAUCUACCGCGCAAUCAAGCGACUGAUGAACAGAAACCCCGGCGGGCAAGGAUUGGCUGCAAGCCGACGGGACGUGAGGGUCAUCGCGGUCGACAACGAGCCACAACCUGGACCGUCCAAACGGCCGGAUAAUCUGUCGGAACUCGGCGGGCCACCGGCGGGUGGACUCCGUCGGGACGCAAGCAGCAACGCGGUCGACAACGAGCCACAACCUGGACCGUCCAAACGGCCGAAUGUCCCACCGUCGCCACGGCCACCGCCUAACAAUGAAUGA